GCUUUUCUUCUUUUUAAUUUUUAAUUUUUUUCUUCUUUCUCCCGCCAAUUCCUGUUUAGCAGAAGAGAUUUACGAAUUCAUGGACUUUAUGGAUUCCGAAGAAGCACCUCCCCAAAUUAGAAGUCUAAGGCACAAAUGCUCAGCUUGCUAUAAGCAGUACAAAAAGAAGGAGCAUCUCAUUGAGCAUAUGAAAGUGUCAUACCACUCAGUUCAUCAGCCCAAAUGCGGGGCUUGUGGAAAGCAUUGCAAAUCAUUAGAAUCAUUGAGGGAGCAUCUUACUGGUCCAUUGCCCAAAGCCAAUUGUUCAAGUGUUUUUUCUGCCCGAGGUUGUGACCUCUGCUUGAACAUCUUUUAUAGCCCAGAAGCUGUCACUGCACAUAAAGAAGUUUGCCAAUUAUCUGCACCUGCUUGUCUUGGACCCACCAGAAUGCCUCCCAUGGAAUUGGAAAUGGAAACUUCAGGCUUGGCCAAUGCCAAUUACGCUAGCAAAGGUCCUGAAGUGAUUGCCAUAGACUGUGAGAUGGUUGGUGGUGGAAGUGAUGGAUCACUUGAUAUUUGUGCCAGGGUUUGCCUCAUUGAUGAAGGUGAGAAUGUGGUUCUCCAUACAUACGUGAAACCUCAAAUUCCCAUCACAAAUUACAGAUACGAAAUAACUGGUAUAACAGAAGCACAUUUGUUUGAUGCAAUGCCACUCAAGCAAGUGCAAGAGAAAAUUCUGGAGAUACUGUACAAUGGAGAGUCCAUUUGGCGAACACGACUAGAAGGUGGGAGGGCAAGGCUUCUUGUUGGUCAUGAUCUUGAGCAUGAUUUAGAUUGCUUGAGGAUGUGCUACCCAGAACACUUGCUGAGGGACACUGCCAAAUACAGGCCAUUGAUGAAGACGAAUCUGGUCAGCCAUUCACUGAAGUACCUUACACAAACGUAUUUAGGGUACGAGAUUCAGUCAGGAAUUCACGAUCCAUAUGAGGAUUGUGUGGCUGCAAUGAGACUUUACAAGAGAAUGUGUGGUCAAGUUCAUCGAUCAGAAGGAAUCACAUCAUCGGAUGCUACCCAAUAUACCCAUAGUUGUAUUAACAGCUUUGAUUCCUUGAGACCGAAGGAAUUGGAGAAUAUGUCACCAGAUGCGCUCUAUGAGAUUUCAAGAUCAAAUUAUAGGUGUUGGUGUUUGGAUUAAAAGGGAUCAUUAAAAAAUUGACUUAUAUCUCUUUAAUGGAUGAACAUAAGUGGUUUUCUUCA